AUAAAUAAUGUAGAAAAAGAAAAACAAUUACAAAUCAUUUCAUAGAUUGAUUUAUAUGCAUUACAAUAAAUUCUUUUAGAACAAUUAAUAACGUAAAAUAAAAUAAUGCAAUAUAAAAUUUCUCAGAAAGCUAUAAACAUCUAAAAAUUUUAAUCAAGAUUUUAUUGAUAGCAAUAAUGUAAAAAUUUAUAAAAAUGUUAAGCAAUUUAAAAGAACAGUAAAAAUGUAAAGUAAAUAAGAAUAGUGGCAUUUAAAAAAAAAGAACAUUAAGUGUUUAAUAACAUGUAAAUAAAUCCAUAAUGAUAGAAUAAAUGUAAACAAAAAAAAAAACUUAUGUUACCCAUAAAUUUGAACAAACAUGCAAAUUGAUGCAUCUUUAUACAACACAGGUAUUACAAUAUAAUGUCUCAGGAACAAAGAAACUUCAUGGUUUAAUAGUAAUUUAUGCCUAAAAGUCGAUAGCACCUAAUGAACAACAGACAAAAGAUAAUAUUCACUUAGCAAGGAUUUUAGCAUGGUGUAUGGAAAUGACGAUAGCCUACCUAGUCAUGAUCGACGACAUUAUGGAUGAAUCGUUAUUUCGCCGAGGUCAACCAUGUUGGCAUCGACACGCUGAUACAGGUCGAAUGGCGAUUAAUGACGCUUUAUUGAUAAAGAGCAGUGUAAAUUAUAUCAUUACAAAACAUUUCAAGGGGAAAGAAUGUUAUAAUAAUAUAGUAGAAACAUUUGAACAGGCUACAUUUAAGACAUUAAUGGGCCAGUUUUUGGAUAUAUCCUCGACGUUCAAGGAAUGUAAUCUGGAUCAAUUUACAAUGGAUCGAUAUAAUGCCAUUGUUAAGUGCAAAACAGAGCAUGGGGCAUAUUUUUUACCAACACUUCUAGCAAUGCAUUUUGCUGAAAUAAAAGAUCCAGAAAUGUUCAAACAAACAGAAACUAUCUUGCUACAAUUGGGAUAUUUGUAUCAAGUUCAAAAUGAUUAUUUAGAUUGUUUUGGAGAUUUUGAAGUUUUUGGCAAAGAUGAUACUGACAUAAGAGAAAGAAAAUGUACAUGGCUAAUUGUUAAAGCUCUUCGACGCGUCACGCCGAAGCAGCGUAACAUUUUAAAAGAAUGCUACGGAGUUUCAGAUCCAGAAAAAGUAAGACGCGUGAAACAGCUCUACAUUGAUUUGGAUUUACCAAACAUCUAUUUAAAAUACGAAGAAGAAACAUAUAAUGAUGUAAAAGCAAAAAUACUCGUACAAGAUGUAUCAUGUGGGUUUUCACAUGGUUUUUUCUUAGAUUUGUUAAGAAAAACAUAUCGCAGACGGGAAUGUCCUCAUUAAAACAUAUAUUAAACAAUGAAGUGAUUUAACUAAGUAUUUGUUUUAACAUGCGCACAUGCACACGUUUAUAAUAAAGCUAUGUAUUUAUACAUAUCAAACCGAUUCUCUUUAUAUAUCCCAACAGUAUUGAUCUUGAUAGUUUAAAUUUAAAUAAAUAAAUGAGUACCUCUCCACUUGUAACUACACUGAAAAA